CAAGAGCAGAAGGCAGAAGUAGAACCUCCUCUCUCUCUCUCUCUCUCCCCCCCCCUCUCAUUCUCUCUCUUCCUCACCUCUCUGUUUUGUUGUCUGGUAGUGCUGUUAUUCUUAGAUAUCUGGGCUUCUUUCCUUUCCCUUUUUCCUUCUCUACACUGUCACUCCCUCCCUAUUUCCAUCUAUCCAUUUAAGAUCGCUUUCUCUCUCAACCCCACAUACUAUUUCCCUUUCCUGUUGCAAAAGAAUAAAGCAAAAACAACCCCAUUUUUCACCCCUUUAAAUGGGAUCCCCCCAUGCCCACCAAUACAAAGCACCCACAAAUAUCCCUUCUGAAUCACAAGUCAAUACCCAAGAUUCUUGAACCACCCCUCGUUCUUUCUUUCUUUCUUCACGCCAUUCCUUAAUUUCCUUCCAUGGAUGAGUUUAACUGGAGGAGGAGGCAUGUGCCCGCGUUUGGGAGCUGGGAUUGCGACGACGACACGCCUUUCACGCAGUGCUUUGAGUCGGCGAGGCAAGCGGGCAUGGUGCGGUACAGCUACUGCGAGGACCGGGACUUGUACGUCGCCGGUGAUCUGUACGAGAAUGAUGUUGUUACUCCUGCUAUGAUUGUUGUUCCUCGCCACCGGGGAAAAGUAGGAUAUGCAAAAGGGAAAGAAGGGAAAAAGGAUGGGUGGGUGGUGUGCGAUUAUGACUGUGAAUUGAAAGCACCACCAAUCCCUGUCUCGACCUCCCCCGCUCCUCCACCUAGACGAGCACCGAAAGCUGUCGAUGAAGAUUUGUACAAGAUCUCCCCGGAUAUCCUCCGUGCCCACGGCAAAAGGAAGAGAGCAUGGGGUUUCUUUUCAAGCUGCCUGCGCCCAGCUUGUGGCUCUUGAACUCUGGUGAAAUCUCAUAUAGGAAGGACCGGUACAUACAUGGCAAGAAACAGACAACAAUUGUUACUGCUAAAGCUGAAUUAUAUCAUGGGGUGUUGGAAUAGUGUGAUUUGAGUGUAGUAAGCAAAUGGAAAGAACCCAGAGAUAUAUAUUUGGGGUCAAGGAAUUAGAACUCAUCAAUAUCAUAUGGUAAUGGAUGAGUGAGUCUUGUUGCUCACUGUUUCUUGGCACUUCUUUUCAUCUCUUUUGAGUGCUUUUAUGCAGAGCAGUGAAUAGUAAAAGUUGUCAAGGCUUGUGAAAAGUAAAAGGUUUCCUUCCCCAUGCUAUAAUUACAGAGUGUUCCUCAUCAGUCU